AUGACCAAUGAAGAUGACCACAUACCAACUUAUAUUGGGCAAAUUUUGGUUUCUGUGAAUCCUUUCAAAGACCUCAGUAUCUAUUCUGAAGAUGUGGCUACCCAGUACCACCAAGGGACUCUCUCAAAAAAUGCCCCACACAUCUUUGCCAUAGCAGAAAUGGCCUACACGCUAUCUCAGUCAUCAGAGCAAGAGCAGUGUGUCAUCAUCAGUGGACACAGUGGAUCGGGUAAAACAGAAGCAGCCAAAGCAAUUGUGCAGUACCUAACCAUGCUGUACCAGAGAUCAGACAGCCACAGGAUCAGACAGCCCUGCAACGUCCUACCCAUCCUGGAGAGUUUUGGGAAUGCCAGAACCAUCCUCAAUGACAACUCAAGCCGUUUUGGAAAACUUCUAAAUGUCUACCUGCGACAUGGCGUCGUGGUGGGAACAUCCAUCUCCCAGUACCUGCUGGAGAAGUCUCGUGUGGUAUAUCAGGCCCAUGGUGAGAGGAACUACCAUGUGUUUUAUGAGCUACUGGCUGGGCUGCCUGUGGAGCAGAAAGAGGAGCUGUACUUGCAAGAGGCAGAGUCUUAUUUUUACCUGAAUCAGGGCAGAGCAUGUGACAUCCUGGGGAAGGAGGACAGUCAGGACUUUCUGGUCUUGGUGCAAGCUCUUGAGGGAAUCAACCUCUCUGAAGAUCAGCUGACCUCCACCUGGGCUGUCCUGGCCGCCAUUCUGCAACUGGGGAAUAUCUGCUUUACCUCCUACGAGGUGACGUCUUAUGAUCGGAUCUUCACCCCUCUGUCUGUAGAAGGAGCCAUCGAUGCCAGGGACUCCAUUGCCAAGACUCUGUAUUAUCUGCUCUUUGAGUGGCUGCUGCUGAGAAUCAAUGAGUGGUUGGCUCCCUGGGAAUCGGAUUGUGCUGUGGGCAUUGUGGACAUACAUGGCUUUGAGGAUCUGGGUGUGAACAGCUUAGAGCAACUCUGCAUCAACUUUGCCAAUGAGCAUCUCCAGCAUUUUUUCAGCCAGACUGUCAUUGCCCAGGAAGAGGCCACUGACCACACUUUCCUCCAGAAGUGUCAUUAUCAUCAUGGAAACAGCCCUUGGUAUGUCAAGCCCAAGUUGCCUUUGCCAGUCUUCACUGUGAAGCACUAUGCAGGCCCUGUCACCUAUCAGGUCCACAAGUUUCUGAAUAAAAACCGUGACCAGCUGCGUCCAGAGGUGCUUGAUAUCUUUUCUGAGAGCCACCUCAAGGUGGUGUCUCACAUUUUCCAGAAGGCUAAAGCUGCCUAUACUCAGCAAAGGGAGUUGGGGGCCCGGGGCAAAGGCCUCAAGCCUCAGGCCUUCACACUGGUGUCCAAAUUCCAGCAGUCUUUGCAGGACCUCACAGACAAGCUGAGAAGGAGCCAUGCCUUCUUCAUUCGGUGUAUCACCCCUAAUCCCAAAAAGGUAUUUCUGAAGGAGAAGGCCAGGCGGCUUCUGGAGAGACGAUGGAACCAGAGGCAGAGUUGGGCUAUUGUUACCCUGCAAAGGAACUUCCGAUACCUUCUUCGCCGCCGACGCCUCCGUGUCCUCCAGGAGAAAGCCACAAUCAUUCAAGCUCACUUCCGAGGUUAUCAGGAUGUGGGACUACUGGAGAUCCCUGCAGAGCUUGCUGCCCUCCUGCAGUUAGCUGAAAGUCAAUACCGAGCACAGGCCAACCAGAUAACAGAGGCAUUGCCUCCAGAAGUCAAAGUCAAAGAUGAACUUUCCCUCCCACCCACCAUCAACAGCUAUCCUUUCUCCUCCUUCAUUAAAUCACACUUCCAGAGGACAGAUUUCCCUGCCCCUGGUCAGCCUCUGCAGCACCCCUUAACCCAUCUGGAUGCUGAAUACCAUGAGAGUGCGCUUGAGAUCAACAAACUGAUUUUGCGGUUCAUUGGUGACAAAAGUCUCCGUGGCUGGCAGGAGGUACUUCUGGGCAACUACAUUGCUGGAAGAGGUUUGAAUAAUGUGGCUCUGCGCAAUGAAAUCUUCAGUCAGGUCGUUGCCCAGACAUGGAAAAACCCAGACAUGGAGCACAGCCAGCGAGCUUGGGUCCUGAUGGCAACUUUGCUGAGCUGCUUUGCCCCUUCACCAGCACUGGAGAAGCCGUUGCUGAAAUUUGUGUCAGAUCAUGGCAUGGAGGGCUACAAUGCUGUUUGCCAGCGCAAGAUCUUGACAGCAGCACGGUACACAGAGAUAGACUCUACAUCUUCUCGGGCCUACCCUCCCACUCAGCUGGAGUGGACUGCAAACCAGAGGAGAGGGAAGAUGGUGCUGGAUGUUCAUACCUUUAACGAGGAGAAGUUCUCAGCUGAGGUGGAGUCCUGGAUGACUGGGGAGCAGUAUGCAAGCUGGCUUCUGAGUGCAAGGGGCUGUGAUAAGAAGUCUCGAGGGUGGUCUGUUUCUAUGUUUACUGGUGACACAUGGCAGGACCUGCUGGGCUGUGACUUUGUGCUAGACCUCAUUGGAGAGAUAGAGGAUGCUAGUAACCUCAGCAGCCCCUCGCAGUCCUCACCUGUGUACCCCAUCGCUCCUGAAAGGGACAGAAGCUUCCUCCAGAACUCUGACCUGGAUUCGAUCCCUCCUGCUCCAGGCAUCCGGGCCCCUAGCUUCCCACCACCUAGCCUGCCUCCAGAAUUCAACAAUCUCCAUCCAGAUCCAAGAUUCAGAGAUGACCUGAGGAUGCCUGUAGGCUUGGAUCACUAUGUGGAUGAUCUCUUCAGCACUGUGCUGCAUCAAGGCUCCAGAGUACCAGAUAUGGAGAACAGGGAGAGCCUGACUGGACGCAUGAAAGGAGGUGGGAAGAUUGGACCCACACAGAGAGGAAUCUUUCCUUCUACAGGCUUCACUGGAAUGACUCAAGCACCAGUUUACCAGCCCAUGAUGGGGAUGCCAGCAGCCAUGCCUAUGAUGCCAGCAGCUGGUGGGAUUGCACCUAUGCCAGCCAUGGUUAUGCCCCAGCCUGUUGUUCCAGCUGUAGAUCCCAACCAGUUAGCAGCACAACAGCAAGCCUUUAUCAACCAGCAAGCCAUGCUCAUGGUUUAUGACUACACAGAAGACCAGUUCUCUGACAGUGAAGAUGAUGACUAUCCUCGUGAAACUUUCCAGCAGAAAAGAGAAUAUUUUCAGAAGAUGGCUCCUGCUCCCCCUUUGCCACCUCCUGAGCCAGAGCCAAAAAAGCAGACACCAAAAGCAAGGAAGGAGCCGCCUGUAGUGAAGCAUUCAGGCCCUGAGUCACGACCUGCACCCAGCCGGGAGAUCCGCAACAUCAUCAAAAUGUACCAGAGCAGGCCAGCCCCUGAGCCUCAGCCUAUCGAGCCUGUCAGGAGAGUGUCCAAGCCAUUUAUGAAGAAGAACGACCCCAAAAAUGAGGCUCUGGCCAAGCUGGGAAUGAUGAACCUCACAACUCCCAAAUCACCCAACGCCCUGCCACAAGAGAAAACACCUCCACCUACCAAGCCCAAGCCCAAGCCCGGCUCAGCUUCCAGCUCUAUCAAGGAGAAGCAGUUGCCUCUUCUGUCCAUCUUCAGUGAGCAGAGUACUCCACCAGAUUCCAAUGCCCCUCCUGCUCCCCCUCCUCCCCCACCAUUGCCUUCGCCUCUCCUGCCUGGGAAUGAAGGCGGGCAGGAAUCCACAGGGAAGGACUCUACUGUAACAGUAGCAGAUGAUGAUGGUAUCAAGACCCAGCUGUACAGGCUUGCUGAGAGUGUCAGCUUUUCCUAUGUCAAUCCUGCCUGGAAAAUCUUUCUGCGCAAAGAGGUGUUUUACCCCAAAGAAAAUUUCAGUCACCCUUAUUGUCUGAACUUGCUGUGUGAACAGAUCAUGCGUGACACCUUCUCUGAUUCCUGCCUUCGGAUCUCCAGGGAGGAGAAGCGCAAGAUGAAAGACCUGCUGAUGGAAUUCCAGGUUGGCAAUGAUGUCCAGUCCAUUCAGGAGGACGGGAUAAAGAAGAGGAUUGUACUGGCUGCUCGAGAUAACUGGGCUAACUAUUUCUCCCGCCUUUUCCCAGUUCACGGUGAAAAUGGAAGCGAUGUCCAGAUCCUGGGUGUUUCUCACCGGGGCAUGCGGCUGCUGAAGGUGGUGAAAGCAGCUGGCUAUAAUCCUGAGCACCUGAAGAUUCUUCGCAGCUACAGCUUUGCAGAUGUGCUGUCAGUGGAAGUGAAAGGCAGCAAUGCCCUGGAGUUCUCUCUGAAGACAGAGCAGCUCUUCCUGCGCUCUCCAAAGGCUCUGUGCAUCAAGGCCAUGGUGGAACUCUUCCUCCAGGAGCUGAGGCAGGAUACCAACUACGUCGUUGCUCUGCGCAGCUACAUUGCGGAUGACAAGAGCCUCCUUAGCUUUGAGAAGGGUGACCUCAUCAAGUUACUGCCCAUGCAAGGCGUGGAGCCAGGCUGGCAGUUCGGCUCCACUGGUGGCCGCUGUGGUAUUUUCCCCACCAGCUUGGUGCAAUUGGCUGCAGCCCCUGAUUACCUCAGCACCAGCAUGGACAGACGUGAAGGGCUGCGGAAGAGCAUGAAAGCUUCCCUGGAGAGCAGGAACACCAGCAAGGACAGUUCUGUUCCCAGCCUGACAUCAGAACCCAACAGCACCAUGUUAGUCCCGGCUGGUGACCACUACACCAUGAUGGACUUCGCCACAGCCUACUUCCGAGAGGCUCAGUCCAUGCAGGGACUGAAGGGGACAUCUUCUGAAAAGAAGAGUGCAGCUAGCCUUGUCCAGCACACCAAGCUGUGCAAGGAGAAGGAGACUUUGCACGAUGAGGUCUACUGCCAGGUCAUCAAACAGGUCACCCACAACCUUAACCAGGAGAGCGUGCUGCGUGGUUGGUUGCUCCUAAACCUGCUAACUGGGUACUUCCUCCCUUCUAAUAUCCUGAUGCCCUAUGUCACCAAGUUUCUGCAGCUAGCCAGCGGUGAUCCAUCCAGCACCCACCAUGAUAUAGCCAAGAUCUGUCAGAGCAACCUGCGGAAAAAUUUCAUGUAUGGGGGCCGUCGCCACCUUCCUUUCCCUGUGGAGCUAGAGGCAUUGCUGGUGGGCAAGGAGCUCUUGCAGGAGAUCUGUGAGCAGAUGGGGGCAGGCGAACCGGAAGAGAUAGAGGAAUUUGUUCUUUUUGCCAUAAGGAAUGACAGCAAUAAUCUCGAUACAAUGGUGAGGCCGAUAAGAUCGGAGGAGUAUCUUCAUGAUUACCUGCUGGAGGACAAGUUGGUCACUGUGACUGUACGCAGGCUUAUCUGGAGGACACCUCUGCACUUUGAGAACAAAAUUUAUACUGAUGUUCAUUAUGGACAGGUGCUGUGGGAUUACUUGAAUGGGAGGAUACUGUUGAGCUAUAGUGAAGAAAUGAAGAUGCAGGUGGGCGUUUUGGCAAUGCUCCAGCACUGUGCCAAAAUAGAGCAGCAGAACUCUGCUCCUUCCAGGGAAGAGCUGAAGGAGUACACACCAAAGAGCUUGCAGUCCUCCAUCAGUCCCCAAGCUCUGCAGAGCCACGUUGGCAUGCUACUGAGAACCAGGCAGGCCCUCCAGCCAAUGGAUGCAAAAAUCCAGUUCAUAGAGCAUGUGAUGAAAUUGCCAUUCUUUGGCUACAACACCUACGUUGUAGAGAGAGUCAGCGAUGGCACAAUUUCUGUGCCCUGUUUCUUUGGCGUGAAUAAAGAGGAGAUCAUUGUGGUGGAUGGCAUCACCCAGGCAGUCUCCUGUGUCAUUCCAUUGAAGGAGCUGCAGAACAUGCGGACCCUGCGGCCUAUCUCUGAUGGUGGGCUUCCUGGCAUAGAACUGAACUAUGGCUCAGCUGUCAGCCCCAAGACGAUGUGGCUUGAACUGUCACAGGCUAAAGAAAUGUAUCACACGAUUGUUGUCAUCCUAGAAAAAACAGAGCGGCACCACUAG